CAUGUUGAAGCGUACAUGGCAGAGAUAAGGAAAGAUACAAAACUAAGCACGAUGGUAAAAAGACAAAACUCAAAUCAAGGAGAUUAUAAUCAGCACUACCGCUGGAAGAACAGCAGCUAAAAUCACCAAUGACUUUGUGAAGUUCUUUCAGUGACGUUGGAAAAAGUAACCAGUCUUUCAAAUUCAAAUGUGAAAAUAAACUAUCACAUAUGCAUAGAGACAACACCAGAUGUCAGCACUGCUACAUUUCCCAGAAACAGAUUCCUGGAAUCCAUUCCUAUCUUGAUCAGGAAGUUCACCUCAAGGGUGCGGCAUAACAUAGCCACUAAAACAAUAUGAGAACCAAGCCACGGCUGAACAAUCAACGAGAGGCGAAUUUCUACUGGUUCUAACAUUAUAUAGGAAAAGUUGGGGACCCAAAGUGAGAUAUACUGUCUAAAAUCCUGAGUCAAGAGCCAAUAAUCAUCAGAGAGAGCUGUUAGAAAACGCAGGAUGAUGGCGUCGAACACAACAAAAGUCAUCAACGUUUGCCCAGUGUGCCUUGAUUCCAAACCACUAAAGAUAGUUGGCCGAUGCAAGCACUGUUUUUGUACUGAAUGCAUCUUGAUCACUCUUGGAAGCCAUGAAGGUGACGAGUUUCCCUGCCCGACGUGUAAGGUGGAGUGCCCUCGCCCGUGGGACGGUGUCAAGGGAAUGGUGGAUUUCACCGGGGAGGACGUGGCAGUUGUGGACACUGUGGUGAAAACUGGGCGAAAAGGAGGAUCAGGGGAAAAAGAACUUCAACCAAUGGGUAGAGGGAAGGGUAGAGGGAAGGCUGGGGCAGAAACAGAACGUCCUCCGAACAAAAGAAGAGGACUAGGGAACGGAGAAAAGAGAGAUGGAAACAAAGCGGGUAUUACGAUGGAUGUAAAAUGUACGAUCUGUCACCACAAGAAGAAGGAGGUCCAAGCUGUGAACUUGUGCGUUGAAUGCGGCAACCUUCAUAUCUGCGAGGAGUGCACAAAGGUCCAUGCGAGGAAUAAAGCGACGCAGGGACAUGUCGUGGUGCGGUUUAGGUCUGAGACGAAGCAGCAGGAUGCCAUGUGUGAGAAACACGACUCCUCCUUGAACAGUUUUUGUCAUGAAUGCGGAACAGCUGCGUGUAUGGUCUGUGUUAUGCUUGACCAUGGAGAGCACACCGUGGAAAAGCUUGUAGAUGUUGUUGACAAAAAGGUUGCUGAAAUGAAAGUCACUUUAGAAAAAAAGCAGGAAAAGCUUGAAGAAUUCAAGAACUUGAAGAAAGACUUAGCACUACUGAAACUAAUCGUGCCUGAGGUUGACAAGCAGGAUAUUUUGAUUAAAGAAAUUGAGGAUCAUGCCCAGAAGUGUAUCGAACAAAUCACAAAAUGGAAGGAGGGGUUGAAAGAACAGGUCAAGGCGGACUACAAAGUUGUCAAGGACAUUCCAGUUGGAUUUGAGAAGUUGUCAGAGAUGGUUGAGGAACUGCAGGCGCCCACUGAGAGAGCAGGGAGACUGCUUACAGAGACUGAGUAUGACCCGGAAUAUCUUUACAAACUGACUGCAUUGAAGCAGGAGAUGGAUGCUAUGGUUGAUGGAGAGGGUGACAUUGAAGAAAAGGGGUAUAGAAAACAGCUACGUGUGCUAUAUGGAAAACACCACACCUUUUUUCCGCAGGAAAUACCUUUGAGUUUUGGAAGAUUGGACUGUGCUUACGAAGAAGAAGAAGAAGAAGAAGAAGAUGAAGAAGACUUUUAUGCAUAUGACUCUACGGAAAUCUUCGAGAAGACCAUGCAAGUGUCUUCAGAGGAUAUGUUUAUUCCAUGUGUAGCAAACCUUGGUCAAAUGUUUGCAGUCGCUCAUCCAACAAGAUUAGGGGAACCAUCAUUGGCCAUAGACAUCUACAAACUCCCUGGCACCCUAAAACGCACCUUCAAGGAUCACGUCCCCCCGCUGUAUGACAUGUCGUCCACUCCCGAUGGUAAACUUGCUGUACUUUCCAACGGUACAGGAGGCACUGGAUGCAGCGUCAAACUGUUUGAUCCAGACGCUGGUUACAUCAGCUCCACCCGUGAUAUCGACAUAACAGAACCACUUUCCCUUGGUGUGACCCUACAACACCAGUACGUCAUCCUUGGAGGGAACGAAGAGGGGCAGAAAGUUAUAACUGUUGUUGACAAGAGUGGUGUUGUGGAACAUACACAUAUAAUUUACAAAGACUCCAAGAGUGAAUCUGAUGCAGCCUCCACUGUUGCAGUACAUAUCCCCAAAAGGAUAACAUGUGGGGGAAGAUUCGUCUUCGUCACCGGGGACAUCUAUAGGGCUGUUUAUGUGAUCACAGACACAGAAAUACAUGUACUUAAGACGAGGGAAGCCCAUCAGGAUGUCAAAUCUAUAGAUAUCUCAGCAACAAUAUGGGACGAUAUCUUUUUUUUUGAUGUUUAUUCAGAUAAGGUUUGGAUGGAGAUGCGCAAGUCGGAUACGGAUGAUGUGAGCAAGAGUAAGUGGCAUUUCAGAGGUUGGAGCAAAAUAUGUGAUCUUGAGCCUGGAGAUGAAAGACCAAUAAGGUUCUCUGCUGGAGAUACUCACCUCGUUAUGGGUCAUGGUCAAACAAUCAGGGUGCACAAGAUUCCACAACGUUUGUUAAAAAUUUGAAAUCUGUGAUUGAAUUUGAAAAUUCAAAUUGUAUUUAUGCGUGCUGAAUAUAAUUUUCAACAAUGCCAGCGUUGAGACAUAUACAAACACUAAACAUACCAAGUUUCAGCAAAUUUGCAUGCACGAUAACGGCACUAUGGCAUUGUGUAUAACUGCAUUUCUAUUUUCCUGACCAAUGAUUAAAUGCAACGGUGUACCCCUUACAAACAUCUUUGGGACUGACAAUGCUGUCCUUAAUAGAGAGGUGUCCUGAUAACAGAGGUCAAGUUGUACAGAAAUGGCCCAUUUUGUAUCUAUGGUUGACAAGCAGGACAUUUUGAGAUUAAUUUCUUUCGAAAUUUCCAUGGAAAAUCAUGAUAAAACCACAUUUUUGGCGACCCUUUGGGGCAGAGCCCCCCCCCACAGGAUGCACUCAUGUUUUGCUCUCUCUUGCUCUGCACUUUAUCUUAUGUAUUGUUGUGAAUCUAUAAAUGUAAUAUUCUCCCUAGGUGAGGUUCAAAUGAUAAAUAAUUCCGCUUUUUGUGAAUUGGUGCUGCCAACUGGUGUUUUGUAGCAGAACUAAAAUGUCCUCCUCCAAUUUAAAGGGGAUAUGACCACUUCUGGUUUCAAGUUUCAGAAACUGAAGGGAGACGUUCACUCUACCUUUAUCUUGUUACCAUGGAAACUCACCUGAACAGACAAAAAAAGACAACAUUCAAUAAUUUUAGAGAAAUCACAUUUUCUUGUCCAAGAACAAUUAGUCGAAUGGCUCGACAAACCACACAUAGAUGUCUGAGGUCAAACAAUUAAAACAGCUGAGCUCAGCAAUAAAAAUACCCCAAAUAUUUCAAAGUCCGUGCCAAUAUUUGACAACCUCUAACAUGUCUUAUAAUAAUCAGCUGUUUCAAUCUCCAGGCAGGGGUUGAAUCAAAAUAUCACUGGCUGGAGAUCAGUUAAGGUAGCAGACGAUGAAUGUGUCAUGUGAUCAAAACAAAGUCACAUGAUGAGAUUGAGAAAACAUCAACAAAUUCAAGUUUUAGCCAUUUGGUUCAUGUUUAUCUUUUGGCCAGGUCCUUUUAAUGUAUGAUGUACAACCGGUUUCUAUUGUACUGAAUAUUGCAUUACGGUGUCUAUUGUCUAUUGUAUUGAAUAUUGCAUUGUAUUAAUUGGUGUGUAUUGUCUAUUGUAAUGAAUAUUGCAUUGCAUUAGGCCAUGGGAAUGAUUAAUCCUGUUUACCGUCCGAGAGAUUUAAAAAGAUGAUGAGGCUUCUUUUCAUUUUUCAUUAUUCAUUAUCGGUUUACAGUCUGAUUUACUGGUCAAAACACGCGAUUCAGCAAGUUCCAGUAAAUGGAAAUCAGGUCGGUCAUCAACAUGAGGCAUUGAAAAAAUGUCAUUAUGAUGAUGAAGAGCCUACCCUGCCAAGUUUUUAUUGUGUUUUUCAAUCAUUUAAGGUAAAGAUGAACCACUGGAAAGAUUAUUUAAAUAAAAAAUGAUGGCAACAAUAAAAUAAAUAGAUUUUUAAAAAAAUAAUGAAAAUAUUUUUUAUGUUCCUUCAGAACCCAUGUGGGAGGUGGACGGUAAACAGGAUUAAUAAUUCACAUGGCCUUAUAAGGUGUGUAUUGUCUAUUGUGUCUAUUGUAAUGAAUAUUGCAUUGCAUGAUAUGGUAUGUAUUGUCAUGGAGGUAAUACCUCCUGGCAUUGUCAACGUUUUUCCGUGGCUUCGCUAGCUCUUUGGUCUUGGGGGGAGAGGUUCAAAAGGCUCUCGAGGGGGGCAAAAUCAUCAAUUUCUUUCGAAAUUUCCAUGGAAAUUCAUGAUAAAAACCACAUUUUUGGCGACCCCUUGGGGCAGAGCCCCCCCCCCACAGGAUGCACUCAUGUUUUGCUCUCUCUUGCUCUGCACUUUAUCUUAUGUAUUGUUGUGAAUCUAUAAAUGUAAUGUUCUCCCUUGGUGAGGUUCAAAUGAUAAAUAAUUCUGCUUUUUGUGAAUUGGUGCUGCCAGCUGGUGUUUUGUAGCAGAACUAAAAUGUCCUCCUCCAAUUUAAAGGGGAUAUGAUCACUUCUGGUUUCAAGUUUCAGAAACUGAAGGGAGACGUUUACUCCACCUUUAUCUUGUUACCAUGGAAACUCACCUGAACAGACAAAAAAAGACAACAGUCAAUAAUUUUAGAGAAAUCACAUUUUCUUGUCCAAGAACAAUUAGUCGAAUGGCUUGACAAACCACACAUAGAUGUCUGAGGUCAAACAAUUAAAACAGCUGAGCUCAGCAAUAAAAAUACCCCAAAUAUUUCAAAGUCCGUGCCAAUAUUUGACAACCUCUAACAUGUCUUAUAAUAAUCAGCUGUUUCAAUCUCCAGGCAGGGGUUGAAUCAAAAUAUCACUGGCUGGAGAUCAGUUAAGGUAGCAGACGAUGAAUGUGUCAUGUGAUCAAAACAAAGUCACAUGAUGAGAUUGAGAAAACAUCAACAAAUUCAAGUUUUAGCCAUUUGGUUCAUGUUUAUCUUUUGGCCAGGUCCUUUUAAUGUAUGCUACACAACCGGUAUCUAUUGUAUUGAAUAUUGCAUUACGGUGUCUAUUGUCUAUUGUAUUGAAUAUUGCAUUGUAUUAAUUGGUGUGUAUUGUCUAUUGUAAUGAAUAUUGCAUUGCAUUAGGCCAUGGGAAUGAUUAACCCUGUUUACCGUCCGAGAGAUUUAAAAAGAUGAUGAGGCUUUUUUUCAUUUUUCAUUAUUCAUUAUCGGUUUACAGUCUGAUUUACUGGUCAAAACACGCGAUUCAGCAAGUUCCAGUAAAUGGAAAUCAGGUCGGUCAUCAACAUGAGGCAUUGAAAAAAUGUCAUUAUUAUGAUGAAGAGCCUACCCUGCCAAGUUUUUAUUGUGUUUUUCAAUCAUUUAAGGUAAAGAUGAACCACUGGAAAGAUUAUUUAAAUAAAAAAAUGAUGGCAACAAUAAAAUAAAUAGAUUUUUAAAAAAAUAAUGAAAAUAUUUCAUGUUCGUUCAGAACCCAUGUGGGAGGUGGACGGUAAACAGGAUUAAUAAUUCCCAUGGCCUUAUAAGGUGUGUAUUGUCUAUUGUGUCUAUUGUAAUGAAUAUUGCAUUGCAUGAUAUGGUAUGUAUUGUCAUGGAGGUAAUACCUCCUGGCAUUGUCAACGUUUUUCCGUGGCUUCGCUAGCUCUUUGGUCUUGGGGGGAGAGGUUCAAAAGGCUCUCGAGGGGGGCAAAAUGAUCAAUUUCUUUCGAAAUUUCCAUGGACAUUCAUGAUAAAAACCACAUUUUUGGCGACCCCUUGGGACAGAGCCCCCCCCUCACUGGAUCCACUCAUAUUUUGCUCUCUACACGUGCACUUUAUCUUAUGUAUUGUUGUGAAUCUAUAAAUGUAAUGUUCUCCCUAGGUGAGGUUCAAUUAAUAAACAAUUCUGCUUUUUGUGAAUCGGUGCUGCCAGCUGGUGUUUCGUAGCAGAACUAAAAUGUCCUCCUCCAAUUUAAAGGGGAUAUGAUCACUUCUGGUUUCAAGUUUCAGAAACUGAAGGGAGAUGUUUACUCUACCUUUAUCUUGUUACCAUGGAAACUCACCUGAAAAGACAAAGAAAGACAACAGUCAAUAAUUUGAGAGAAAUCUGAAACGGAUAUCAGGUCGCAUAUUGCUGGUUGGGGCCCAUCUAUGUUUGGUAACACAGAAACACCCAAGCGGAUAUCAGGUCGCAUAUUGCUGGUUGGGGCCCAUCUAUGUUUGGUAACACAGAAACACCCAAGCGGAUAUCAGGUCGCAUAUUGCUGGUUGGGGCCCAUCUAAGUUUGGCUGGCCACUCCUGCCAAAAAAAAAUGUUCUGGUCCAUGGAGGUCAAGCAGUGUUCUCUACAAGGCUAUUUGUCAGGGUGGCCCACCCUACCUUGGAAGAGCCAGCCUACCUUGCUCUAGAACUUUGUAGAGGGUUCCUAUAGGGCCACCCGACCACAAAUUGUUGGCCACCCUACCUUGUGUUGCACACUGGUAAAACGUCAUGCAAAUCAAGGGUAUCACCCUACCUUGAGAAAACCCUGUGGAGAACACUGAUCAAGAUCACUUAACCUGAGCCCAGGUCUGAUUGCGUGGUAGCCAGCGGUGUAACCACCAGGCUCUGAUCAUAUGAGGCCCCUCCUGGGUUGUCCAAGGGAUCGAACCCAGGUCCGAUUGCGUGGUAGCCAGCGGUGUAACCACUAGGCUCUGAUCAU